AUGUUCGACACUCUUGCUCCCAAACUGAAUGGUGGCAUCAUCCCGUCAGGGCAGCCAAACAGCUCAGACAACAACAACCUCGGUCAAGGAAGCUCGACUUCGGAUCUGAAUGCGCAGCCCAGUUCAAACAACCACAAUCAGUCUAGAGCAGGAAUCCAGCAAACAACAAACCCGACGACUGUAAGAUCAACCGUCCAACCACAACCAUCGCAACCUCCUCCUGCGCGGCAGUUCAAAGCUUUUGCGAAGGGGUUUUCAGGACUUGGGGCCGAUGUUCUUUCCGACCUGAGUCGACCCUCUGACCAACGACAAGGCGCCGCCAGCUCUGCCGCUCCAAAGACGACGUCGACAACGACCUCCGUUUAUACUCUAACAGAACGUGGAUCGCGUGAGCACCAAGCAAAAUACUCGACCGCCUCAUUUGGAAUAUCCGCCGGCACGUCAACUGGAGCCCCUUCAACAAGCGUACCUGUAGUGGCGCCUGCCAUUGACGUAGAUACUUCGUUCGGUGGCGACGACUUCUUUCUGGACGCCGACGAUUUGGCGGAUUUGGAACACGACUUGGAUCUGGGUCAGGGUCAGAGUAGAGUCAAGGACAAGGGCAAAGACAAGGACAAUGAGGAUGUGGAAGAUAUCUCGCUAAGCUGGUCGCCGACACCACCAAAGGUCGCUAAAGCCAAUUCAUCGACACCACUCUCGCCACAGUCGCCCUUGAGCAGAUUCAGUACAACUGUUCAUAGCACUGUCUACAUCAUCUUACAGACCCCAAGCCAACGUAACGGCUGGGACAUCCAGCACCACAUUUACGGCGUCCAGUUCUUCACCAGCAUCGACAGCUACCAUUGGGAUGCAAGGCAGGCCACCUUCGUCCUUCAGAGCCUCAGCGAUCGCAGCGGCAGCACCCUCCAGAGCCACAUUUUCGACGUCGUUUUCUAG